CAUUGUCGCUAGUCAUGGGCGGCCUCUUCAUGGUGGCCAGCUCCAGCCAGAUGACAGGGGACCAGCCGUGCGUGUGGGUGCCGGUGUAUGCCGUGCCUGCCAGCCUCUGCCUCCUCGUCGCCAUCAAGCUGCAGUACGCAGGGACUCUGCCUUGGCGAGCCUGCUACGUGGUGCACUUGGCGUGCUGCCUGGCGCUGCUGGUGCUGGUGCUGGUGCGCGCCGUGCGGUUGCUGCACCAGCCGGCGGCCAGAACCACCUCACCGGCGCCGCUGACCGACAACGAGGACCUCGUCAGGAACGCCCGGGAGCUAACUGCCCUUGCUAUCACUAUCGUGUGGAUGAAAAUGACUAAGCACGUGUCCGACUCGCAUGUGCGCGUGACACUGAGUCAGCAGCAGACGACUCGCAUGCUGCCGCUGCUGCUGCUGCUGACGCUGGCCGUGCCGGGCCUGCUGUGGGUCGCCUGCCAGAUGAGGCCCACCAGCGGCGACCCCACCUCGGCGGGACGCCUGUAGGGUCGAGGCGCGACCUCGGCGGGACCCCCGUGUCAUGGCCUCUGCAGUGAUGUGAUGUCACCUCAACGGAACCUCAGCAUGUGUGCAGCCCGGUGGGACGUUUGACCGGAGCAUCGAUACACCGUU